CUGUACCUGAUACGAUAAUGACACAGUCAUGAUAUGAUUCGGUUAUGUGGGCAGAUUCCUUUACAUCUUACCAUUCGCUCUCAGAAAAUAUAUAACAUUAUGGAUUACCAGGAAUGUUUUUAAUUUAUGGGCCGUAACAUUUAUAGAUGUAAUUUAGGAAUUUGUUUUCCUUACUGUAAACGAAGACCAUUAAUCACAUAAUUUACCAAUAAAUCAUUGAAGAGGAAAAACCUACAUAUUUAUAUAUAUAGUUCAUGAGUGAUCAGACUACAAUAAACAACAGUAGUACGCAAUUUAUUUCGAUGGGGACUGAACCGUAAUAUCAUAAAAUCGUGAAGGUGUGAUAUUUCGUUCUUGUUUUAAUUUCAAUGAUACAUCUUGAAAACUGGUUUGCCUUUUAUAUAAAAACGAAGAAGAAAAUUGCACAACACGCUCAGAUUGAAAUUACAAAGUAAUAUUUAAUGAUAUACCAGUUUAAUCUUCCAUCAUAUUGUUUGAAGUCUUAUUAAUAAAGUAGGAAUAGAAAAAAAUUAAAAAUGGUGAUACCCUUGAUAUCUAAUACAGUAUCUGAAGGUAAUAAUGAUAAUGCUUCAGCAAUCAAAGAUGUAAAUGAAGAAACAAUUGAAUUGGCUGAAGACAUAAAAAAACAAGAGCCACAAAGUGAACAAAAAGAACCAAUUGAACAAGCGCAAAAGGCAGAAUCAGUUAAAUUGAUUGAAAGCGAAAUAAAAGAAGAGAUACGGAGUGAUAUAACACAACAAACUGAACAAGAAGAAAGUGCAAAAGAGGAACAAAUUGAAUUAGCUGAAAGCGUUCAAGAACGAACAGUUACAACGAAAUAUGAUCUCGGUAGUUUUCUUUGUGAUUUUAUUUGUUGCUGUUGUUCAGGCUAUCAAGAAGGAGAUCUGGAUGUGGCCAACGUAGACGUACAAUCAGAGCCCGUUUUUUACCGAGGUUUGAUGGAAAGAAGAGAUCGAUAUAGUAAUGAGGCACCCGUUAAUGAAGUUGACACUUGUAAUGGAAACGAUCACGGCGAUGGCAGCCACAUUGCAUAGGUACUCCAUCGAAAUCCGUUCGGUAGUUAUUCAGUUUAUGGCGUUCAGACAGAUGGGACGGGGAACUAGUUUUAUAAUAUGUAAGGAGAACUAAGUCGUAUUUUCACUUAUAAUUAGCACGUGCUCAAAAUAGUAACUACUUUAAUCUUAUAUAUUAUGAAACUCACAUCGUACCUUGUAGUAUGAGAGUUUAAACUUUGAAUACUGAUCUGUCUAUGUUAAUGGGGUCUAUUUACACGCAAAAUUUGUUAUACCAAGUAUAUUCGAGGAAUCAAUGUGUAAUAGGUACUUUGCAAAGUCCAAAGACAAUGCCCCUAAUUAUGUAACACAUUAUAUUAAUUUUAUCUAUCGUAGAAUAGUACAAUACCGCUUAAUUAGCAUUGGUAAAUACCGCGUAUGUGUGAAAAAAAACUAUCCGUCUAACCUAGAACAAUACUCUAUCUAUCUAACAUAGUGCUAUAAAUUAGAAUGAGUAUUCAUACAGUCAAUAUUUUAUGUGGUCAUAACAAGAUAGUAUGAUCGAGUACACUCGAUUUCAAAAAUCCUCAUAAUACUUUACCAGCCCCGUUUUCAAAAAUCAUAAUACUUUACCAAAUCAUUGCAAAUGAUGUGGAAUGGGUUUAUGCGUCUGCGAGGCAAUGGUAUUGCAUCUGUACCUAACUCUAAAAGCACUGCCAUUUUGAAAAUAGCUGAUUUUUUGCUGUAGUACGUCUUGGCAGUGGCCAAUUUAUUGAUUCAAUGAACUAAACUUUUUUUUAUAAAAUAAAUUUAAAGUAAAUUGCAUUGUUUUUAACUAUAGCAGCAACAUACCUAAUCUGUUCGACAUUGGAUUAGUAUUGGUAAAUUUUAUUGUUUCUUGCCAUUUGUCAUAUUUUCAAAAUUUUUUACUGAAAACACAGGUGAAGUGUUCCAAUCAUGGCUCACCGCUUACCACAUAUUUCUAAAACAAGCGAUAAUCAUCCGACUUAUUGAAUUAUUGUUGCCAAAUAAUUAUUAUGCUAUAUAUCAAAUAUCUGAUAUUUUCAAUUCAGUAAGUUAAGCUGCCCCAGAACCGGGGCAAUUUCUACACUAGCCGUUGCUAGCAAUCAUUACUCAUUAGUAUAUUUUGAAGAUCUCUUGCCGUAGCGACGAGAUUACGUAAAGCAAUGUUACCAAUGUAGCGAUCAAAAAAAGAAAAAUACUCAAGAGACUCUGAAUAUCUAUGUUUUUCUGUGAUUAAAAACGUAAAGAAAAUUCAA